AUGAUCGUUAAAAGUGAUGAUAGUGAAAGAGGAGGAGAGGUGGAACAGGUGGAAGAGGCAGAAAAGGUGGAGGUGGAGGAGGUGGAAGAGGCAGAAGAGGCGGAAGAGGCGGAGGAGGCGGAACAGAAGAGGCAGAAGAGGCAGAAGAGGCAGAAGAGGCAGAAGAGGCAGAAGAGGCAGAAGAGGCAGAAGAGGCGGAAGAGGUACUUGGGCGCAAUGAGGUAA